AUGUCCCUCAGCAAGGCGCUGUGGUCGAUACUCUUCCUGCUUCUUUGUUGCCAGAUAGAGGCCUUUGGUGUGCAGCUGCAAGGAGCAGGCAGUCCCAACGCCGUCACCAUUCUCGCGUCGUGGUCUGCCGACUACAUCUACACCCGCGACGACAUCCUCUUACCCCUGGCACGCAACAGCAUCUCGUACACAAACACCGGUGUGACAUCGGCCUUGGAACAGUACGCGGAUGGCGAGCUGGACUUUAUCUGCAUCGACCGAUUCUUCUCCGACGCGGAUGCGGCCACAUACGGCAACCUCAUCCAGUUCCCGCUCAUGGGACAGGCCAUCGUCAUGGCCUACAACAUCCCCUCCCUUGCGUCCCUCAACGCCAGCUUGAUAAUUGACCGAGAGACCCUGGGCCUGAUCUGGGCGGGCAACGUCACCAUGUGGACCGACCAGCGGAUCAAGGACCUCAACCCCGGCCUGGCCUCGUUCCUGCCCAACACCAACAUCACCAUCGGCUACAACCAAAACACCGUCUACUCGCUGACCGAAGUGGUCAAGCGCUCGCUCGAGAGCUUCAGCCCCGACUUUGCUCGGCUGUUUGAGGCAGCCGGAAGGGACUUCGCGAACAUGCCACCGGCCCUCAGCGGGACUGCCGAGUCUGCCGGCGUUUCGACCGCGGAGAGGGUCGUGUGGCUUGCCGCCCACCAGGACAGCAUCACCUAUCUCAGCUAUGCCGACGCCACGAAGGCCGGCUUUAGGCACAUGAGCAUGUACAACAAGGCCGGCGGCCUGGUGACGCCGUCGACGGCCUCGGUGCAGGCGGCCAUGAGCCAGUUCCAGGCGCAGUUCGCCCGGAGCAACUUCUCUGUGGACAUCCUCGACGCCGGCGGCGCCAGCUCGUGGCCCAUCUCCUACCUCACCUACCUCACCAUGGACCGCAACGUGAGCGGCAUCGACUGCACCGCCAUCCAGGAGCUGCUGGCCUUCGCUGCCUGGGUCCAUACCAACGACGGGGCGAGCACGGACGCGACGAGCAUCAACAUUGUGCCGCUCGACACGAGCCUCAAGAAGCGGAUCGUGGACCUCCUGAGUACGGUCCAGUGCAACGGCGAGCGGGCCUAUUCGACGGCGUUCCUGAUCGGCAUCGGGUCGCCGCUGCCCAUCUUCACAUCGUGGUCGGUGGCCUGGUCGUCGGCCCAGACGCGCGCCAAGUUCUACCUGUCGUCGUCGACCACCGGCAAGGACCGGCUGGUGAACAAUAACUCUGACUUCAGCGUCACGAGCAACGGCCUGGAGAGCAGCUACGUCACGCAGAUGCCCGAUGCGGAGAUCGUACCGACCACCGCCUUCGCUCUCGUGCCCGCGUACAACGUGCCGGAGUUGAAGGACAAGACGCUAGUGCUCGACUUUACCACGAUCGCCGGGAUCUUUCUCAACAACGUGACGCGGUGGAACGACCAGCGCAUCAAGGACCUCAACUCGGCCGACGUGGCCGCCGCGCUGCCGGACGAAGAGAUCAUUGUGGUGACCCACAACGUGAGUUCGGCCUACACGCAGCUGUUCACGCAGCUGCUGAGCCAAACCGUGCCCGAGUUCGCCGCUCAGACCAACAGGUCGAUCAACAUCAGCACCACGACCGACAUCGGCAACCUCCUGACCAGCAAUCCCUACUCGUUCAUCUUCUGGCAGUACUUCGACAUCCUCGCGGCUCGAGCUCUCAACUCGGCGUCGUUGAUCAACCCGGCGGGCCGUAUUGUGGCGCCCUCCUCAGCGUCUGUGCUGAGCGCGCUAGACGACUAUAUCGCAUCGACGCCCGCGGCCAGCCGCACCUACGAAUCGAUUCUCCUGCGCGGCGGAGACAAUAGUUGGCCCAUCGCAGCCUUUGGGGCGACGAUAUACCGCAGCACGAGCAUGGAUGACUGCACUAAAGCGGCGGCCCUCGCGGACUUCCUGCUGUGGUCCCAGACGGACCCCGUCGCCCUGCGCAACGCCGACAGGCAGGGGUUCGUGCUGCCGACGGCCACAGAUGAGAUCAACCGCGCCUUCAUGCGCCAGCUCAAAGCCUUCACCUGCGCCGGCCGGCCCGUGAGCGCGCUGGCCAACUGCAUCACGGACGACGGCCAGCUGUGCUCGGGCCAGGGUACCUGCACCAACAGUGCCUGUGUCUGCGAGUCGGGCUGGGAGGGCCAGUAUUGCGAAAGCGUGACCAGCUCGAGCUCGAGCGACUCCACGGUCAUUAUCUUGGCGACGGUGAUUCCGGUGGCGGCGGUCGUGGUGGCCCUGCUCCUGGUGCUGGUGAUUGUCGUCGUGGUGCUGCUGCGGCGCAAGGGCAGCGGGAACGACGACUGGGAGAUCGAGUAUGACGAGCUCGAGGUCGGCGAGCAGCUGGGCGCCGGCGGGUACGGCGAGGUGCACAAGGCCACGUGGAAGGGCACUGAGGUGGCCGUCAAGGUCAUGGCCUCGGACCGCAUCACCAAGGAAAUGGAGAAGAGCUUCAAGGACGAGGUGCGGGUGAUGACGUCGUUGCGGCACCCCAACGUGGUGCUGUUCAUGGCGGCGUCGACCAAGGCGCCCAAGAUGUGCAUCGUCAUGGAGUAUAUGGCCCUCGGCUCUCUCUUCGACCUACUGCACAACGAGCUCAUUCCGGACAUUCCCUUCAUUUUGAAGGCCAAGAUGGCCUACCAGGCCUCCAAGGGCAUGCACUUCCUCCACUCCUCUGGCAUCGUGCAUCGGGAUCUCAAGUCGCUUAACCUGCUGCUCGACAACAAGUGGAACGUCAAGGUGUCCGAUUUUGGCCUCACGAAGUUCAGGGAGGACAUCAGUGGCAAGGGCGGCCUCGGCGGCGGCAAGGGCAACAACAACGUGGCGGGAAGCGUGCACUGGACCGCGCCCGAGGUGCUCAACGAGGCCGGCGACGUCGAUCUGAUCCUGGCCGACGUCUACAGCUUCGGCAUCAUCUUGUGGGAGCUCCUGACGCGUGAGCAGCCCUACAUGGGCCUCAGCCCGGCUGCCGUGGCCGUGGCCGUGAUCCGCGACAACAUCCGCCCGCUCAUACCCGAGGCCGGCGGCGGAGCCCUGUGCCCGGCCGAGUACGAGGACCUCAUCACCAGCUGCUGGCACCACGACCCCACCAUCCGCCCCACAUUCCUCGAGAUCAUGACCCGCCUGUCGGCCAUGCACGGCGACUCGACCUCGGCCGGCGCCACCUCCUAUUCGAACUCGUCGUCGUCGGCGUCGCACAACAGUGGCCACCCGAACCGCGCCGCGAAGACGACCAGCUCGUUCGGGUCGUGGGCCCUGCCCUCGACCAACUCGUCGUCGGCCGACGGCAGCGGCUCAUCGUCGUCGUCCGGCUCGUCCAAGUCUGGGGCGGGCCUGGCGGGCGCAGCGGGCGGCGGGGUGAGGCCGCCGGAGGGCGAGAUGGCGAUCGUGUUCACCGACAUCACCCGCGCCGCGUCGCUGUGGGAGUUCAACGCGGCCGCGAUGCGCGACGCGACGCUGCUGCAUAACGAGACCCUGCGCGACGCGCUCAAGCGCCACCGGGGCUACGAGGUGGUGUUCGUGCGCGACCGCAACUCGGGCGAGGGUUCGUUCUGCAUGGCCUUCCAGCAGCCCGUCGACGCCCUAGCCUGGUGCGCCGACGUCCAGCGGAGCCUGCUGGGCGUGGCCUGGCCCGAGGCGCUGCUCGAGCACCCGGGCGCGGCCGAGGAGUGGGGCGACACCGACGACCGGGUGCUGUUCAAGGGCCUCCGGGUGCGCAUGGGCGUGCACGUGGGCGUGCCGCGGGCCGUGCGCGACCCAAUGACGCGCCGGGUGGAGUACAUCGGCCCCGUCGUGAACGCCGCGGCGCGGAUCACGGCGCUCACCCACGGCGGCCAGGUGGUGAUGAGCCACGCGGCGUUCCACAAGGUCAAGGGCUCGCCCGAGCUGGGCGGCAGCGAAGGCCAGCAGGAGCUGAAGAAGGGCAGCGUGGUCGGGCUGGGCAAGUUUGAGAUGCCCGAUGCUCCCGAUGGAUCUAAACUGUUUGAGAUCAAGACGCCGGGCCUGGAGGCGCGAUUCUUUGGAGGCGUGACGCUCGAGGCCGGCGAUGGCACUUCGACCAACAACACCACGGGCACGGGCUCCUCGCACGGGGGCAGCAGUGCGAGCGGCGGCAGCGGGCGCCACCCCGACAGCGAACCCGGCAGUGGCAAGGAACUCCAGACCGUCGUCGGCGAAGGGAUGAUGUUCAAGGAGGACACGUUCCUCACGUCGGCAAACCUGUGCCGGUGGAUCAUCGACUACGGCGAGAUCCAGGUGGGCAAGCAGAUCGGCCUCGGGUCCUACGGCGUGGUGCUGCGCGGCAAGUGGAAGGGCGUCGAGGUGGCGGUGAAGCGGUUCAUCAAACAGAAGCUCGACGAGCGCCGCAUGCUCGAGUUCAGAGCCGAGAUGGCCUUCCUGUCGGAGCUGCACCACCCCAACAUCGUACUCUUCAUCGGCGCGUGCGUCAAGAAGCCCAACCUGUGCAUCGUGACCGAGUUCAUGGCGCAGGGCAGCCUGCGUGACACGCUGGGCAACAGCGCCAUCAAGCUCACCUGGAAGCAGAAGGUCAAGAUGCUCCGCGCGGCCGCGCUGGGUAUCAACUACCUCCACUCGCUCCAGCCCGUCAUCGUCCACCGCGACCUCAAGCCCUCCAACCUCCUCGUGGACGAGAACUGGAACGUGAAGGUGGCCGACUUUGGGUUCGCGCGGAUCAAGGAGGAGAACGCGACGAUGACCCGCUGCGGCACGCCAUGCUGGACGGCGCCGGAGGUGAUCCGCGGCGAGAAGUACGACGAGCGGGCCGACGUCUAUUCGUUCGGCGUGAUCAUGUGGGAGGUGGUGACCCGCAAGGAGCCCUUCGCCGGGCGCAACUUCAUGGGUGUGUCGCUGGACGUGCUCGAGGGCCGCCGCCCGGCCAUCCCCGGCGACUGCCCGGCUGACUUCCGCAAGGUCAUGAAGCGCUGCUGGCACGCGUCGGCCGACAAGCGACCCAGCAUGGACGACGUGCUCACCUUCCUGGCCAAGCACCUCGACGCUGAUGACGCCGGCACCAUGCUCUAA